CUCGCUUGGACAUUUCUAGCACAUCCUCAGGGAUUCAUCUCUCCAACUCUAUUUUGUUGGACGCUAUCCUCAGUGCAAGUAUGGCAUUUCCUAGCAUCCUCUCCCUACUCCUCUCGCUUUGCCUAGCACACGCCGCUAUGGCGACAAACAUGCCCGCCGGUGGAUGCCACACACGCUACGUCUGCCCCUACAUAGAUAACCUCGCCACCGCGACAAUCUCUGAGUCCACCUACACCAAUUAUAAGUUCAUCGGCAACUAUCAGGGGCUGUUCAACGACCAGGGCGGGCAGUACGCGCCGCACCAGCGCGGCUCGGGCCCAGUGAACUUCGAGCGCUACACGGAGGUCGGAACCAUCUUCGAUGUAGUGAAGGGCGUGUACGGUGACACCCUGCAGGAGUGCUGCCGCGCCUGCGCCCGCUCCACUUACUGCUACGAAUGGCAUUGGUUCAAAAACCCUCGCCUGGCCGGCGAGAACUCAAAGGUGGCGGGAUUUAUUGACCGCGUACAGUGCUACCUCCUGGAGAAGAACGGCGGGACGGGCACGUCGGGGACCUUCAAAACGCCGUACGCGGGGGACGCGGCGACGCAGACGGCUAACACGGCGUCGUACCCGCUGAGCUUCGUCGGCGGGCUCUGCAACGGCACGGCGCUCGUCGAAAACGACCCGCAUCUCACGGGCGCUCACGGCACGCACUAUGAUUUCACGGGCCGCCUCGACAGGUCGUUUUGUCUGUUCUCGGACCGUCGAUUCCACGUCAACAUGUUGCUUAACGGGUACCAGGGCAUCCCGCCCGCGCUUCCCGCGACCGCCCGCUCGAAUGUCUCGAAGGAAUCUAGCAUGGAGCUCCAUACGUGGAUUAAGGAGGUCGGCGUGGCUUGGAUGACACCCGACGGCGCCAACCACACGCUGCGCAUGGUGGCGCGGAAGGGGAAGCAGCAGGAGCGCGGCGACAACGGUUUCCUCUCUCUGCUCGAGAUCGACGGCAAGACGACGCAGCCACCGAGCCUCGGCGAAUCGGUCGCGACAGAAAGCGGGCUGGUGUUGACGAAAGUGGCGGAGGAGAAAGAAGGGCCGUUUGAUGUGGACCAGUUUCAGGUGCGCGUGCUGGGCCUGGGGGAGCUCGACGUGCGCACGCGCGUGGCGCACCCGCUGCUGCAGACGCCCUCGGAAGCGGAGGCCCACUUCAACGUGGAGCUCUCCGACGUCAAGAUGACGCCCGCCGUGCACGGUGUGCUGGGGCAGACGUUUAGAAACACCCCCGAGCAGCUGCAGCGCGCGGUUAAGUAUUCGCACUUAGCCGCGCUGCUGCACCACCCUGUGGACGUGGAUAGGGACGAGGGCAACGGGUUCCUGGACGGCGAAGUCGAGGACUAUAUUUCCUCGUCUAUUGUCGCGCCGGACUGCAAAUACGCUAGCUACGGCACUGCCUCGUGAGGCAGUGCGGUCUCUCAUGUCCAGUGAGACAUCGACGAGGUAAUUGGGAGGGCGAAACUGGGCCCUGCUUUAGUCCGCACGCCGCUAAACCUGGCCUUGGUAAGGCAAAUAAAGUAGGCUCGGACCAUUCUUUCAUAUGUGUCAUAUGUAAUUCUAGUCAUAAGUGGCAAAUAUUAACGA